AUGUUCCGACUUGCCAGCCCCAUCUGUCUCGCGUCCCUUCUCGUGCCGUCGGCCUUAUCGCUCCCCGAUUCCACAGUCCACACUCUGAAUCAAAAUCAGAACCAGCCGCUAUCACCACCUGAGGCAGCACACAUCUCACAUCGCCACUCCGAUCUAUUAUGCAGGCCUCAAACAAACAAUGACGACUACAACGACUGUUCUCGACCCCUUCAAGCUCCUAUGUCUCAUGACUACCAGGGUGUAGGAUCAAACACUCGGUGUUCGUUCACCGGCGUGCUGAUCCUCAACCGAUGCAACCACGCCUUCCACACGGCCUGUCUUGCUUCAUGGUUCCAGUACCGCCAGUACAGAUGCCCAAUAUGCGCGGACGUGCUCUUUCCCGGGUGA